CGAGCAAGAGGUAGCGCCACAUGUUAGCGAUGUUGCUGCAGCAAUAUUCUUCUUGAGUACUAUCGGACCGGAUUCACUCUUCCGCAUGAUACUCUGUAAACCGCCCUCGGAGAGAACACUUGAAGAGCUGGAGCUCGUCUAUGAGGAACUAUUGCACGUAAAGGCACUGACACAUUUAAGCACGAUGGUGAAGCGAGAGCUAGCAGCAGUUGUAUUUUUCGAGCAGCAUCAGCAUGCCGGACACGUGCUGUUCCGGCAGGGCGAUGAGGGUAAUUGUUGGUAUGUCGUCCUCAAAGGAUCUGUUGAUGUGAUCAUCCACGGAAAGGUGCGUCAACACAGCAUUUGCAAAAAAAAUGCGAUUUUAUCACCUGUUACGUUCAUUGAAUGUUACUAG